AAUAGCUAAAAAGGCAAAAAAAAUUAAAAUAAAAUAAAAUAAACUUUCGAUGCUGGAUGUGAGCUCAUGCGAUGCACAAGGAAGGGCGCAGUGGAUGCCUCUUCCCUCCACGUUCAAGGCCAAGGGGCUCCUCCCUCUUGGAUCUGAGAGCCCCUGCCUGGCCCACGAGGCCAGGCUUAAGGGAAGGAGCAGCUAGGUGGGGCCUGGGGAGGGGGGGGCCUGGGACCUGGCCAGGCCCUUUAGCCAAGCCUAGGCUCUGACUGAAACCCUUCCUGCCUCCUGCUGCAGGGAUGGGAGAGGCAGCUGACACCUAACCUCACUCUCCCCAAAGGCCUCCCAGUGUCGGCUGCUGGUCCGGCGACCCUCUGAGUGUCUGAACUGGGACCCUUUUGAGAGGGAAAGGAGCAGGACUGGUGAUGGAUACGCCAGGUCCACUCGCAUGUUCCACAAACCAAUGCAUACGAUCACUCUGGCUAAUAGUUCCCAGCCUAGCAUGGGCUCAGGGGAGCCUCGCAACACUGCAUGGGCUCAGCCGGGCCCACACUGGCCGGUGGCCCGCUUGCUGGAUGCGAAAUCACACCAAGGCCGUUGUGCUGGUAGAAAGGAGCCCGGGUGCUCGUGCGCUGUCACGUCCUGUCCCGCUAGCUCGGCGGCAUCUGCCCUGUCCCUUCCCCUCACCCAGGCUUCCAGGCUUUGCUUUCAUCCCAAGGAAAAGAGGCUUGGUCUGCACCAUUCAUAGCCUGGGAUGCGCAUCAGGCCGGCCUCCAUCACUGGUGUCCCUCCUAGCUCUGUGACCUUGGGCCAGAAACUUACCCUCUCUGUGCGUUAGUUUCAUCACAUCUUCUCUGGGUCCCUGUGUUGAGGAACUAAGACCUAGCCCAGGCUCUGGCACACGUUGGGCGCUCCUUAAACACUGGUUGGUUGGAUGAUUGAAUAAAUGCUGGGAGAGUGGCUGUUCAUUUGGUGGCAGGAGUGGACCACCCACAGUGACCCAUGGACCCAUUAACUGAGCCCCUAGCACGUGCCAGGCCCUGUGCUGAAUCUUUUCUCUGCACAAUCUCCCUGGAUUCCUCCCGUCCUUGAAAGGGCGGUUAAGAUACGUGCCCCCAUUUUCCAGAUACAGAAGCCGCAGCACAGAGGGGUUCGGAAAUGAAAUGUGGGCGGAGUCACACAGCAAAGAGAGGCCACCCGGGUGCCGGAACCCAAGGCAGGGCUGUGAGCGCCCACGUGCAUGGCCGGCUCCCUCACUGCCCAGCUGGGGAAAGGGAGGCCCACAGGGAGCAGGUGACUUGCCCAAGGUCACGCAGGAGACGGUGGCGGAGGCCUCUAGAUCUCUGAGGGUUUCCGGCGCGGACCCCCCCUCCCCACGCGCUCCGGCCCCUCCAAUCGGCAGCUCUGCGUGCGGGGGCGCACCCCCCCCGCCCUGUCAGUCCGUCAGCCGGUCUGUCUGGGCGUCUAGGCGGGCGCAGCCGUGCACCCCCCACCCAGCCUGGGGCGCUGCGCAGGGAGAGGCAGGGCGUUCGCAGCGCCCGGCCCGCGCCCCACGCCCGCCGCCGACGGAAGGCGGCAGCGCCUGCGCCCGCGGCCCCCCAGCCGGUGCGCGGGAGUCGCCGGCAGCCGCAUCCCCGCUCUCUGAGCUCAGGAAAAGCCCAGCCGGGAGGCGCCUGCAGCCCGCCCUCCAGGAUGAAGAAGCUCCAGGGAGCUCAUCUCCGCAAGCCCAUCACCCCAGACCUGCUGACCCCCAGUGACCAGGGCGAUGUCGACCUGGACGUGGACUUCGCCGCAGACCGGGGCAACUGGACGGGCAAGCUGGACUUCCUGCUGUCCUGCAUCGGCUACUGCGUGGGCCUGGGCAACGUCUGGCGUUUCCCGUACCGGGCCUACACCAACGGAGGAGGCGCCUUCCUCGUGCCCUACUUCUUCAUGCUGGCCGUCUGCGGGAUCCCCCUCUUCUUCCUCGAGCUGUCCCUGGGCCAGUUCUCCAGCCUGGGGCCGCUGGCCGUCUGGAAGAUCAGCCCCCUCUUCAAAGGUGCCGGCGCGGCCAUGCUGCUCAUCGUGGGGCUGGUGGCCGUCUACUACAACAUGAUCAUCGCCUACGUGCUCUUCUACCUCCUGGCCUCCCUCGCCAGCAGCCUGCCCUGGGAGCACUGCGGCAACUGGUGGAACACGGCCCUCUGCCGGGAGCACCGCGGCCCCAAGGACGGCAACGGGGCCCUGGCCCUCAACCUCAGCAGCACCGUUAGCCCCAGCGAGGAGUACUGGAGCCGCUAUGUUCUCCACAUCCAAGGCAGCCGGGGCAUCGGCAGCCCGGGGCAGAUCCGCUGGAACCUCUGCCUCUGCCUGCUGCUCGCCUGGGUCAUCGUGUUUCUCUGUAUCCUCAAGGGCGUGAAGUCCUCGGGCAAGGUGGUGUAUUUCACGGCCACGUUCCCCUACCUCAUCCUGCUCAUGCUGCUGGUCCGCGGAGUCACUCCCGGGGCCUGGAAGGGCAUCCAGUUCUACCUCACGCCCCAGUUCCACCACCUGUUGGCCUCCAAGGUGUGGGUAGAAGCCGCUCUUCAGAUCUUCUACUCCCUGGGCGUGGGCUUCGGGGGGCUCCUCACCUUUGCCUCCUACAACACAUUCCACCAGAACAUCUACAGGGACACCUUCAUCGUCACUCUGGGCAACGCCGUCACCAGCAUCCUGGCCGGUUUUGCCAUCUUCUCCGUGCUGGGCUACAUGUCUCAGGAGCUGGGGGUGCCCGUGGACCAAGUGGCCAAAGCAGGCCCUGGCCUGGCCUUCGUCGUCUACCCACAGGCCAUGACCAUGCUGCCCCUCUCGCCCUUCUGGUCCUUUCUCUUUUUCAUGCUGCUCACGCUCGGCCUGGACAGCCAGUUUGCCUUCCUGGAGACCAUCGUGACGGCGGUGACGGAUGAGUUCCCGUACUACCUGCGGCCCAAGAAGGCUGUGUUCUCGGGGCUCGUCUGCGUGGCCAUGUACCUGAUGGGGCUGGUGCUCACCACCGACGGGGGCAUGUACUGGCUGGUGCUCCUGGACGACUACAGCGCCAGCUUCGGGCUGAUGGUGGUGGUGGUCACCACGUGCCUGGCGGUCACGCGGGUGUACGGCAUCCAGAGGUUCUGCCGGGACAUCCACAUGAUGCUGGGCUUCAAGCCGGGCCUCUACUUUAGGGCCUGCUGGCUGUUCCUGUCCCCGGCCACGCUCCUGGCCCUGCUGGUCUACAGCAUCGUCAAGUACCAGCCCUCGGAGUACGGCAGCUACCGCUUCCCGGCCUGGGCGGAGCUGCUGGGCAUCCUCAUGGGCCUGCUGUCCUGCCUCCUGAUCCCAGCGGGCAUGCUGGUGGCUGUGCUGCGAGAGGAGGGCUCGCUCUGGGAGCGGCUCCAGCAGGCCAGCCGGCCGGCCAUGGACUGGGGCCCGUCGCUGGAGGAGAACCGGACGGGCAUGUACGUGGCCACGCUGGCCGGGAGCCAGUCGCCCAGGGCCCUGAUGGUGCGCAUGCGCAGGUACGGAGGCGUCACCAGCUUCGAGAACACGGCCCUCGAGGUGGACCGCGAGAUCGCCGAGGAGGAGGAGGAGGAGUCCAGGAUGUGAGGCCGGAGCUCCGCGGACCGCAGGCCCCGCCGGCCCCUGGGGGUAGCUGCGCGCCCGCCGGGGUCCCCAGGGGCCCGAGGCUGUGGGCGGUGGCCACGGCGAUGCGGCUCCCCAGAGCACGUCCCUCUUUGGGGCCCCCGCCUCUCCUGGAACCUCUGUCUACCCCAGCCCAGGCCUCCUUCACAGACGGACAGACUGACACUGGGGGGCACUCGCCCCCCCAGUUACGUGGCAGAGGGGACCAGACCCCAGGUCCCCUGGCCAGGCAGCUCCCUUUCUCACGGGGCAGCUGGUUCCAGCCCUGGGCUCUCCUCCGGGCCCAGCCCCCUCCUCCUUCUGGGGAGCCCCUCCCAUACGCGUUGACAAAGCCGGAAUCUUGAGCUGGGCGCGGGCACUUGGGCUGUCACGAGGCCCACAGGGUCCGCAGCCCCGGUGAGAGAAAGAUGCCCGUGUGCUGACAGGCUUCCCGAGGGCCUGGACGGUGGGCGAACUGGAGAAAGGACGCGGAGGGCAGGGUGGGCCGGCCUCCGGCCAAGGCGCUGACCCAGCCAAGGUGCAGGGGUCAGAACCUCGCUGCCUUCUCCGCCCCUGGGGUCAGGAGGCGGCCUGGGCGAGUCCAAGGGCAGGGAGCAGGGAGAGUGGGGAGGAGAGGUGGUACCGGCUCCAGCAGGGCUCCCGCGGGCUGGAGACGGUCGGGGAGAGAGCCAGGCACGUGCGAGAUCACGUGCUUUAGACAGCGCGUCCUGGGUCAGUGUGCCGCGUGGAACAGAGGGAGGGCCCGGGGUGGAGACGGGAGGCCUGCAGAGGGCCGCCCCGAGGGCUGGGGCCUGAGCCUGGGUGUCGGGUGGGGACAGAAAGCAGGGGGCCCACAGCUUCCCUCGCUGGACCCCGUGCCGUCCAGAGGGGAGGUGGGCACGAGCAGCCUGCUCCCCUGGGGCAGCCUCUGUACCGGGCCCUCUCCUGGUCUCCCCAGCCCAUCUGUGCUCUGUCGUCUUAUUGUGAAUAAACGCCAGUGAAGUCCCCUUCC